AUAGGAAAGGGUAUCCGCUGUCAAUAUGACAGGGAUGACUAAGAAAAGGCUGUCACAGAGGUUAAUAUAGGCAACAUGUCUAUCAGGCGAGCGGCUUCAACAUUUAAUGUGCCCAGGUCCACCUUGCAUGACCGCAUUAGUGGCAGGGUUGAGGUUGCUGCCCUACCUGGCAAGCAGACCGUGUUCCCGCUACACAUUGAGCGUUUGCUGGCGGACAAGGUCAAGGAGGCUGCCGAGAUGGGAUUUGGCAUUGAUAGGCAGCAAUUUAAAGCAAAAGCUGCCCAACUCGCUGCCUCCUUGCACCUGAAAACGCCAAUCAAACAUGGAGUGCCAGGCGAUGACUGGGUGAAUGCCUUCAUCCAGAGGAAUGGGCUAAGUCUGUGUUCCCAGGUCGCCCUGUCCACAGUGAGAAGUAGGAUGCUAAAUAAAACUGUAACGCAAAAGUAUUUCUCUGCCCUCGCAGAAACUGUACAACAACUAGAGCUCCAUGACAAACCAAAUCAAAUUUGGACGAAACGUCAGUGUCUUUGACACAUAAGCCCACCCGCGUGUUUGCUUCUAAGGGGGCCAGAAACGUCCCGGGGCGGGUAGGGAACUCACGUGAAUCAAUCACAGUCACGGCCUGUAUCAAUGCGGCUGGGUCGGACGUCCCACCUAUGGUUGUCGUCAAAGGCAAGACGUGUAAAGCUUUAAACGCGUUCAAUGUCUCCGAAGGUCCUUUCGGUACCAAGUGGACAUACCAACAAAAAGGUUGAAUGGAGGAGUCCCUUGGUACCGAAUGGUUUAAGGGCGUAUUUCUGCCCAGCAUCGGCCCACAAAGACCUCAACUUCUCAUCUUAGACAGUCACAGUUCACAUGAGUCGUUAGAUAUAAUUGACUGCGCCAAAGCGGAACACAUAACUUUAUUUGCUUUACCGCCCCACACCACCCAGUGGCUAAAUCCAUUGGACAAGACUGUGUUUGGUCCAUUUUCCAAAGAAUACAACAGGAUUUGUACGGAGUUUAUGUCAAAAUCCCCAAACAACAGCGUCUGUAAAUGGGUUUGGCCCAGCCUAUUCAAAAACGCUUAUGAAAAAUAAUUUACCAAGCACAACAUGACGAAGGGCUUUAUAACUUGCGGGAUUCAUCCGAUCAACAUGUCGGCCAUACCGGACAGCGCAUUCAUGCCCUCAAGCGCCUUUGACAAAGCUCCCACUGACAUCGCUGUGCCAACUACAAACGCCACCGAGAUGUCCUGCUGCGACAAUAUUGCGGUGCCAAAUGUUGCAGUGCUUAAUUCCGUCUGUGGGGGAAGUGGGGCCGGUAGUGCGCAAGUUUUAGGGACAGCUGACGAAAGCGGCAUGCUAACGCUAGAGUCCGUUGUGGCAGCAGACAUCCUAGAGGCCAUCAUGAAUGCAGGGAUGCAGGUAGAAUUUGACGUUGGUAGUUUGAUCACGGAACCAAGUUACGCCACAUCCAUUAUCGAACCAUUGUCGCCAACCCCUCCAGAGCACUUGGGUCAGUAUCCGUUUGUUGCAACGGAGUGUCUUGCUUCCCCUGGACUGCCUGAAGGAGUAAGUCCGUUGGCAACGUAUGCUUCGUCCUCCCCAUAUGAUGAAGUAGAGAAUCUCUUCAAACUACCCAAGCCAGCAAGCAACCCAGACAGCAAACCCUCAAAACGAAAACUGACGUCUCAUAGGGUGCUCACUAGCAAUGAGAUCGUAAGGGAAAAGGAGGAGACAAAAAGAAAGAAGGAAGACGAGCUCAGGAAAAAAGCAGAAAGAAAAGUGGCAAGAUUGGCCAAGCAGGAAGAAAUGAAAUCAAAAGUAGCCCUGAACAACAACAAGAAGAAAGCAGUGAUCAAUUAACUAAUUGAGUUUUUGAAUGGAAAAUAGUCACUUACGAAAUACAUGUGUUGAGUUUGUAUAAUUACGUGAUGAUGAUGUUGUUGUUGUAGUAGUUGAAGUUGAUAAUGAGUAUGAUGAUAAAAUAAAUAAUUAUAAUAAUUAACAAUCACAAUUACAAACAACACUUGAUACAGAUCUACAACUCAACUGAAACGGUGUUUUUG